AAUAGCCUACCGAGAACACAUUCAGACACUGGAGAGCAGUUUUGACAUUUCUCAUGGACUCAUGCACGCCAAGGUGCACCGAUCACUAUCCACUCUUACUAUCGGAUUAUGGAUUUAUUUCUUAUGAGCGAGUCAUGCGCUCAGCAUAUGCUGUUUUCUUCUGCAAGAUGUUUCAGCGCGUGCCCCUCUCUUUAACUUGACAAUUCUAUGAGCUUUUCUAUCUACAUUAACGAACUGAGCCGGAACUUGCUGCUUUAGCAAGUGACAGUUUCUCCAAGACACUGACAGCAGAUGAGGGAGAAACGUUUGUGUUGCUGUUUCCAUGCGUGACAAUCCCACAAGGACAUAAAGGAGUAAUUAUGCCCUUAAGAAAACGAGACACAGCCAGGGCUAUAAGCCUCAUGGAGGACUACUGCUCCAAACUGAAGAAACCAGAGGAACAACAGCUCAAAACUGCCAUCUUAAGAGUCACAGGCAUUUUCAAAAGCAGUCUUUUCCAGGCUCUCAUAGAUAUCCAGGAGUUUUAUGAAGUGACCCUGCUGAACUCUCAGAAGAGCUGUGAGCAGAAGUUGGUGGAGGUGAAUCACAUGGCUAAGCAGUGGGAACACACUGCCACCAGUUCGACAUUACCCACCGAGGGUCCGCAGCCAGCUUCCACAUCGCCAGAGCUGAGAGGGAAGAGCCACAUGGAGCUGACCGUGGAGGAGCCUGCUGUAGGAACCAACAAUACAGAGAACAGGCCUCCAGCGGUACAGGGCUCGCAGCACCAAAGCCCAUCUCCAGCAUGUAUGAAUCCUGCCCUGAUGAACUCCCCCUGGUACCGGUAUCAGGAUGAAGAUUCCCCUCCUCUGGAACACAACUUCCCGCGGCUCACCAAUGAAGUUCGAGCGCCGGAGCUGGUGCACGUGUCGGAGAAGAACCUCUCAGAAAUCGAGAAUGUCCACGGCUAUGUUUCCCACUCUCACAUUUCACCGCUUAAGCCUGCGCUGGUUACCCGGUUUGAUCUAACAUACCCAGGGGUGACCGCAGCAAACUACCUGGUAAAUGGGACAGAAAUUGAAUAUGAAUUUGAAGAGAUUACAUUAGAGCGGGGAAACUCAGGGUUGGGGUUUAGUAUAGCGGGUGGAACAGAUAACCCUCACAUCGGUGAUGAUCCCGGGAUCUUCAUCACGAAGAUCAUCCCUGGGGGAGCGGCGGCUGAAGACGGCAGACUCAGAGUGAAUGACUGUAUUUUGCGUGUGAACGAAUCAGAUGUCUCAGAGGUGUCUCACAGUAAGGCAGUAGAGGCUCUGAAAGCGGCCGGAUCGAUCGUGAGGCUCUAUGUGCGCAGGAGGAGACCAAUGCUGGAGACCGUCACCGAAAUCAAACUCAUAAAAGGACCAAAAGGGCUCGGCUUCAGUAUUGCAGGUGGUGUGGGAAACCAGCACAUCCCCGGUGAUAACAGCAUUUAUGUCACUAAAAUCAUUGAUGGGGGCGCUGCGCAGAAAGACGGACGGUUACAAGUUGGAGACAGACUGCUUAUGGUGAAUAACUACACUCUGGAAGAGGUGACCCAUGAAGAAGCAGUGGCCAUAUUGAAGAACACGUCAGAUGUAGUAUACCUGAAGGUUGGGAAACCCACUAGUGUCUAUCUCUCAGACCCCUAUGGGCCGCCUGAUAUCACACACUCAUUCUCACCCGCAAUGGAAAAUCAUAUCUCUUCCCCCGGUAAUAACGGCACUCUGGAAUAUAAGUCCAGUCUUCCGCCCAUCUCCCCCGGCCGAUAUUCCCCCCUGCCCAAGCACUUGCUGGGGGAAGAGGACAUUAACAGGUUGGAUGGUUUUUCCUUCCUACGAAAUCCCUCGUUAGAUGAGAUGGAAGGUCACAGGUUUGAUUCCCAGCACUUCCAGUUGAGGCCUCCAGAGCCAGUUUACAGCACUGUGAACAAACUGAGUGACCGCGCCCCCUCUCCCCGUCUCUACUCCCCCGUGGAGUUUGAUAAAAGCCCCAUGCACUCAAUCCCCCACUUCCCUCACUAUCACGUAGGCCUGCUCCCUGACUCCGAGAUCACCAGGGAGCCCAGGAAGAUCAUUCUGCACAAGGGCUCGACCGGGCUGGGCUUCAACAUCGUAGGAGGAGAAGAUGGAGAAGGCAUUUUCGUCUCCUUCAUACUCGCAGGAGGGCCAGCAGACCUCAGCGGAGAGCUGCGGAGAGGAGACCAGAUCCUAUCCGUUAAUGGAAUCGAUCUGCGAGGUGCCACUCAUGAACAAGCUGCAGCUGCACUGAAAGGAGCGGGGCAGACGGUAACCAUCAUCGCCCAAUACCGGCCCGAGGAACUUGCCCUGUGCUCCCCACGCCAGGCCCCGCCUCCAACUGCAGAAUACGGGCGUUUCGAGGCCAAAAUUCAUGACUUACGAGAGCAGAUGAUGAACCACAGCAUGAGUUCUGGAUCCGGAUCCCUCAGAACCAAUCAGAAACGCUCACUCUAUGUCAGGGCUCUGUUUGACUACGAGAGAGCGAAGGAUAGUGGUCUGCCCAGUCAGGGUCUCAGUUUCCGAUAUGGAGACAUUCUCCAUGUCAUCAAUGCAUCUGAUGAUGAGUGGUGGCAGGCCAGGAGAGUGACGCCAGAAGGGGACAGUGAAGAGAUGGGUGUCAUCCCCAGCAAGAGGAGGGUCGAGAGAAAAGAGAGAGCUCGUCUGAAGACGGUUAAAUUCAACGCAAAACCCGGUAGCCUCGAUUCUAAAGGGUCAUUCAGUGAAAAACGUAGAAAGAACUUCAUCUUUUCACGCAAGUUCCCUUUCUACAAGAACAAGGACGCCGACGAGCAAGACGGCAGCGACUCGGAAAGGAGUCAAGAGGAACUGAUCCUCUCGUAUGAGCCUGUCAUCAGACAAGAGAUUAAUUACGCCAGACCAGUUAUAAUUUUGGGGCCCAUGAAGGACAGAGUCAACGAUGACCUCAUCUCCGAGUUCCCGGACAAGUUUGGGUCAUGUGUGCCACCGGCUAACAGUUCUGAUCAAGAAGAUACUACCAGAUCAAGGCGGGAUUAUGAAGUGGAUGGGAGAGAUUAUCACUUUGUAAACUCACGGGAGCAGAUGGAGAAAGACAUCCAAGAGCACAAGUUCAUCGAGGCUGGACAGUACAAUGAAAAUCUGUACGGAACCAGCGUCCAGUCUGUCAAAUAUGUGGCUGAGAGGGGAAAGCACUGCAUACUUGACGUGUCUGGGAAUGCCAUAAAACGACUACAAGUAGCACAACUCUACCCCAUUGCCAUCUUUAUAAAGCCUAGAUCCAUGGAGUCCUUAAUGGAGAUGAAUAAGAGGUUGACGGAGGAACAGGCCAAAAAGACAUAUGACCGUGCCAUGAAAUUAGAGCAGGAGUUUGGCGAGUACUUCACAGCGCUGGUUCAAGGGGAAACACUAGAGGACAUUUAUAACCAGUGUAAGAUGGUGAUAGAGGAACAGUCUGGACCUUACAUCUGGAUUCCUUCAAAAGAAAAACUAUAAAAAAAAAUCACCUUACCCUGGCAGGGACCUUGGACUGCAACAAAAACAAAACAAAACAAAAA